AUGUCUGGACCAUCAGGCAUGCGACGGCAGACAAGACCAAAGAGUGCUGAUGUCGGUGGUCUGCAUCUCGCGACUGCCAGUGAAUCUCAAGGUUACGGAUGGGUUGGGAGUUCCUCUGCCCUCCAGACCCAGUUCGCUGAACUAUUAUGUGAUAUGUACAACGAGACGCUCCAAGCUGUCAGUGACCAUGAUCAUGACUUGUGUGUCUCCAAUACCUUCUGCCCUGCUCCUGCACUGACCUUCCGCAGUACUCUAUCCGCCGAUCUGCCUCCAGACAUCCGCCGUCGCCUCAUCUAUUCUCUAAACUCGUGGAAUUUCGAGCCCCACAAGCUAUCCCAAGAUGAAGUGUUGGCAUGUACGAUGAUCUUGUUUGAGGGCCUGUUUCGCAUCGAUGGAAUGAAGGAGGCAGUGGGCGUGUCUCUCCAACAAAUGGGUCCAUUCAUACACCAUCUGCGAGGAAUAUACCGAUACGAAAAUUCGUAUCAUAACUUUGAACAUGCUCUAGAUGUCCUCCAAGCUUCAUAUUCCUUCCUCAAAUCGGCCGGGAUGGUGCCCUCCCUAGUUAUCUUGCUUCAGAACGGACGGAUGUGGAGGAGCCAUCGGCCCUACGACAGUGGCCCUCUCAUUACUUCUCUUGGCUUGUGCGACCUCUUCUUGUUGUGCAUUGCCGCUAUAGGACAUGACGUAGGCCAUCCUGGUUUUACGAAUGUCUUCAUGAAAAACGCGCAGACCCCUCUCUCAGUCGUGUUUAAUGAUCAUUCUGCCCUCGAACAGAUGCACUGCUCUCUUCUACUCCGAACGCUGCAGCAUCACGGGCUGGGUGCGGUCCUGGAGCGGCCUCGGGCCAGACGUCUGUUAUGGGAGACGGUUAUGGCCACUGAUAUGAGUGUCCAUGCUGCCUUCAUGGAAAGAUUUACACGAACAGUGGCUGGAGAGGCAGCGUCGAUCACCCAAAGGAAGACUCUAAUAUGCCAGGCUAUCAUGAAGUGUUCAGACAUCAGUAACCCCAGUCGGCCGUAUCACGUCUCACAGCAUUGGGCCACGGCGCUUAUGGCCGAAUGGACGUCACAGGCUCAAUAUGAGAAGUCGCUGGCAUUACCCUGCACUGUCCAAUCAUCUGAGACGCCACUGAGCGAGGCGAAUUCUCAGGUGUUCUUCAUCAAAAUGUUUGCCAGGCCAUUGUUGGAGCUCGUGGCAAUGGCCGUUCCUGAGAUGCAAAUGUACGCUACGCAGUGUAUGUCCAACCUUCAUGAGUGGGAAAGACGUAAGGCAGAUCUCGAACAGCAACCGAUACCCACCAGAGUCAUUAAGAAGACAGACGAGUUCAAUGACUACAAUAAUGCCUUCCCGCUGACUCUCCCG